UUUGAUCACCGUGUAUGGACUAGACUGGUGGCCAAGUUCGAGUUCGAAAAUCAAACAAAGCUACAAAACGGACAGUUGUUUCAUCUAUUACGAGUUGUUCCAGCAGGUUAUCAUAUCGCGUGUGAAGUGUGAAGACGACGAAGUUGUGCGCGUUUAGUACUUGGUGAUUUGUGACACUUGUGUAUAUGUGUAUGUACACGAGGACUCUUAAUAAUGUCCGUGUCAUCUCGAUUUGCCUUCACAUUGUUGUUGUCAAUACGAGCACUUCUACUCAGUGCCAGUGACAAUGUGAAAAUAAUAACUGCAGAUGGAUCCAACAAAAAUGGUGAGCAUUUGGUUCCAAAUGCAAGGGAUAUACUGAAUAACGUUAAACCACAGAGUGUGACCAACCCAUUUCCUACCUACGUUAAGGAUUUAGCUUACAAUGGAAGCACAAAAGGCAACGUAAUACCACACAGUGAUGAAUACUUGGACCGUAAUCAGCGUUUGUGCUUCGAGAAACGCAGCUUGCUUUCCUGCAUUAAAUAUAAAGCUUCAAAAAUAAUUUGGAUGUUGGCCACAAACAGGAUUGGCUACUUCCCCAAUGAGUACAGUCGUGCAUUGGUAGAGGAUCAACGUCGCAUACGCGUCAUUCAGCUAGGUGAACCGGCGGAUAUUAUGGUUUUCAAUGAUGCUCGGGGCUUACAAGGUGACAGUGAGUUUGUGAGCAUAGUGAAGUUUCUCAAACGUGCAACCGAGACCUUUAGCCGCAAUCAUGCCGUACAAGUGAAGUUAUCCAGUGAAACAGGUGCGCGCAUCAUGGACUCCGAAGUUGAUGGGCGUUCACGCCAUGACCGCAAACGCCGCAAAUGGCUCGUCAUACUGCCACUCAUCAUUCUGUUGAAAAUCGCCCACCUCAAAAUGAGCGUUGUGACUUUGCUGCUAGGCGUUCUUGGGCUGAAUGUGUUGUUAGUGGGCGGCAUGGGCUGGUUGAUACACUAUCUAAAAUUUAAGACCUUGUGUAAAAUACAUCCGCAUUUGGUGCAAUCGCAUUCGCAUGUCUACGACUCCGAUCCGGCUGAUUAUUCCUCAUUCAUUGGCAGUAGCUUUCCUGGCUCCUAUUAUAGCGGCGCUGGUAGCGGUAUUCAUGAAGUUAACGCAAAAGACUGGGCCACAAGUAAGGCGUAUAAUGGCGGCAAUUAUUUGGACACCAUCAGUAAGCGGUUGAAAUAGCUCAAAAUGAUGUUGUGGCGGUAUUUGUUGAACCUUUGGCGAAUAUAUUAUGUGCGAUACUAUCACUUUUAUGCACAGGUAAUCGGAAAUCUAGGGUAGACAAGUUGCUAUUAGUUAUUUAAAUGUGUGUCUAUAUUAAGAAUAUGCAAUACCAUGGUGUCUUCAUAUGACUAAUUUACCAGAUUUAAUUUUAAGAAAUAUAUUUAUAAUCAUUAUACUUAAAGAUAUACAUUGUGUCCGGAAAUUGUCAUUCAAACUGCGGUGAAAAGUUUUCUGUAAUUUUUUUUUGUUAAGUUGGUAGCACUGUUCUUAAUUACUCUUAAAAACUCUUGGUUGAAACGGAUUAUAUUAUAUUAUAUAUUAUUAUAUUAAAUAUAUAUAUAUAUAUAUAUAUACACAUAUUUUGAAAUCUCGAAACUGGCUAUAUCGAUAUCUUUGAGAUUUUUUUUAGGGUUCUCAAAUUAGUAGUUAGAUGUGUUUAAAUAUGCCUUAUUUUAUGUUCAUGUCAUUUACUUUUUUUAAAACAUAAAAUGUUGCUUUUUAAUUUUCGCUUAUACAAAUUUUCAAUAAUAUUUCUUAUAUGUAUUAUAAAUAAUUGACUUAAAAUCAUAUCAUCACAAUUAAAAAAAAAAUAUUACAAGUUAUUUAGUAAUUUUAAGUAGUCAAUUAUGUAUAGUAUUAAGUUUGUUUAUACGUAAAUUCCAAUUCGCCUGUGUAAUUUC